AUGCCAGGCCCGCUCAGUCUCCCAACACUCUGCCAUUUCCUUCUCCUCUGGCCCUUCGCCAUCUUCCACAAAGCCCUGGGGGACACAGCACCCCACCCUGGCCCCCACUACCUCCUGCCCCCCAUCCACGAGGUCAUUCACUCUCGUCGUGGGGCCACGGCCACGCUGCCCUGCGUCCUGGGCGCCCCGCCUCCCAGCUACAAGGUACGCUGGAGCAAAGUGGAGCCGGGGGAGCUCCGGGAAACUCUGAUCCUCAUCACCAACGGCCUGCAAGCCCGGGGCUACGGGCCCCUGGGGGGUCGCGCCAGGAUGCGGAGGGGGCAUCGGCUGGACGCCUCCCUGGUCAUCGAGGGCGUGCGCCUGGAGGACGAGGGCAGGUACCGCUGUGAGCUUAUCAAUGGCAUCGAGGACGAGAGCGUGGCGCUGACUCUGCGCCUGGAGGGUGUGGUGUUUCCGUACCAGCCCAGCCGGGGCCGGUACCAGUUCAAUUACUACGAGGCGAAACAAGCGUGUGAGGAGCAGGAUGGGCGUCUGGCCACCUACGCGCAGCUGUACCAGGCGUGGACCGAGGGCCUGGACUGGUGCAACGCGGGCUGGCUGCUCGAGGGCUCGGUGCGCUACCCGGUGCUCACGGCGCGCGCCCCGUGCGGCGGCCCGGGGCGGCCGGGGAUCCGCAGCUACGGGCCCCGCGACCGGAAGCGCGACCGCUACGACGCCUUCUGCUUCACUUCCAUGACCGCAGGCCACGUGUUCUUUGUGCCCGGGCGGCUGACGCUGUCGGAAGCGCACGCGGCGUGCAGGCGGCGCGGGGCCACGGUGGCCAAGGUCGGGCACCUCUACGCCGCCUGGAAGUUCUCGGGGCUGGACCAGUGCGACGGCGGCUGGCUGGCGGACGGCAGCGUGCGCUUCCCCAUCACGUCGCCGCGGCCGCGCUGCGGGGGCCUCCCGGACCCGGGCGUGCGCAGCUUCGGCUUCCCGCGAGCCCAGCAGGCGGCCUUCGGGACCUACUGCUACUCGGAGUAG